UUACUUGCAGAGAACUGUUGAGCCACACUGGAUUGCAUCCACUUCUGCAUGGAAACAUCAAACAAGCACCUGCCAAUGUAUUUCCAAAGUUAAUUGAAUUGUUAGAGAAAAUCAUCAUGGGAGGAGCUGUGAGCGCAGGAGAAGACAAUGAUGAUUUAAUUGAUAACUUAAAAGAAGCACAAUAUAUUCGCACUGAGAGAGUGGAGCAAGCCUUCAGAGCUAUUGAUCGUGGUGAUUACUAUCUGGAAGGAUAUAGGGACAAUGCUUAUAAAGAUUUGGCUUGGAAGCAUGGAAAUAUACAUUUAUCAGCACCUUGCAUUUAUUCUGAAGUAAUGGAAGCCCUGAAACUUCAGUCAGGAUUGUCUUUUCUUAAUCUGGGUAGUGGAACUGGCUAUUUAAGCACUAUGGUGGGAUUAAUAUUAGGCCCUUUUGGAAUAAAUCAUGGAAUAGAACUUCAUCCAGAUGUGGUAGAAUAUGCAAAAGAAAAACUGGAGAGCUUCAUAAAAUAUAGUGAUAGUUUUGAUAAAUUUGAAUUUUGUGAACCUGCCUUUGUAGUUGGCAACUGUUUACAGAUAACAUCUGACAGUCAUCAAUAUGAUCGGAUUUAUUGUGGAGCUGGUGUCCAGAAAGACCAUGAGAACUACAUGAAAAUCUUAUUGAAAGUUGGAGGAAUUCUAGUUAUGCCCAUAGAAGAUCAGAUCUCAAAGGGCUUUUCUACGCUAACACAAAUUCUAAGAACUGGACAAAAUACUUGGGAAAGUAAAAAUAUCCUUGCUGUUUCAUUUGCUCCACUUGUGCAACCAAGCAAGAGUGAUAGCAGCAAAAAUGAUACCGUGGGACUGCCCCCCUGCGCUGUUAGGAAUCUACAGGACUUGGCUCGGAUCUAUAUUAGACGCACUCUUAGAAACUAUAUAAAUGAGGAAAUGCAAGCCAAAGGCGUUGUUCAGAAGCCACCACCAAAACGUAAACGCAGAAGGUGCCGUAGACGCAGGAUUAACACCUAUGUGUUUGUAGGUAAUCAGCUCAUUCCUCAACCUCUUGAUAGUGAAGAAGAUGAAAAGAUGGAAGAAGACAACAAAGAAGAAGAAGAGAAAGAUCAUAGUGAAGUCUUGAAACCUGAAGAACCCCCUCGAAAUCUCUUGCGGGAAAGAAUAAUGAGUUUGCCACUCCCCGAAUCACUAAAAGCUUACUUGACGUACUAUAGAGAAAAAUAGCUUGUUUUAAGUAGAAGUGAUAAUGCUGACUUGAUAGUUCCAUUAUUCUUGAAAUGUAGCAUUUACUAAGAAAUAGGUGGACAAAUACAAGUAGUCUUUCUUCAGGACUAAAGUGCAGUGAUGGAAUGAAACGUAAUCUGUCUUAACUUUGCUACAAGGACUUGCAUUCAGCAGUAGACUCAUGUUUCAGAUCCAUUUUUCGUUACCUUUUGAAAAAGAUGCUCUUUUAACUCUUAUAGAAAUAUAUUCCAAAGCAGUAUGCAGCACUAAUUAAGAAUUUGCAUGAGAAAUCUUUUCUGCCCAGGCAAAUUUGUAUUGAUGGACUUUAGUGAAAUUUUGUAUCUGUGAACAAUUGAACAAACAUGUUGAGACAUGAAUCAGAUCUGUCUGCAUUAAUUCUCUUAAGAAAGUUUUUGAACAUGCAGACAUUUCUAAUCUCACAUUGAACUAGAACCCUUUAUUAUUUUACCAUGGCUAUGUUACAAUCAUUGUUACUGUCUUGAUGUAAAAGUAUUCCAAGGAAUACAUGAGUGCAAUAACUUGGUGUGCAGACACUGAAUGAGCUGGCUUUAAUUAAAUAUCAGCAUUCAAAUUCAGAAAUGUCAGAUAGCCCUGCUAUACUUUCUUUUAUAUCUCUUGCCAAAAGAUCUCAAAAAAGUGGAUACUUCUCAGAGCCUUAACACAAAAGAUGUUGAUUACAGUUUUUUAAAAGUACUUCAACCCUGUUUUUUUGCACCAGUCUGUAAUGUUCAUAAAAAUUACUCAGCUUUUCACCAUUUAUGAAAAGUAUUUAGUUCCUCUAUAAAGUUCAUGGUACAGAAAGCAUAUUUCAUAUAUAAAAGAUUGUAAUUUAGGUUUAAACUACAAUAUUUAGUACUUAAAUAGAGUAGAAUAUGUAAAAAAAAAAUUAGCCGGUACUGCUUGUUUGAGUAGUUGUAAUGGUAGCAUUUUUAAAGGAUUUGUUCAGCAGGUGCACUUUAAGUGGAUUCUGUUCCUUAUUUAUCUCAGAUAAAGCAAGGUUCCUAUACUUGCUAUCAAUAUACUUCCUUUUUGAAAUCAGUAGAGUUGCAAGCUUGGGGACUGACACUGCUUGACUACUUUGUUCCAGCUGCCAAUUUUUGUUUCUAUUUAAUUAUAUUGUUUGCAGGGGUUAUUUUUCUUUUUCUGCAUGAUGGAGAGUCUAAUUUUCACUAGCUUUAUAAUUUUAAUAUUUUGUGCAAAAUAUCAGUGGGAUAGUAUUGAGUUCAAGAUAUGCUGCACAAACUGCUGCUGUAAAGUACUUGUGAUCUGUUGGGGCCCAAUCAAAAUCAUUCCUUUAUGGAGAAAAUUCCCACAAAAUUUACUUCUGUGGUUAUAUCACUAUAGAAUGGAAAAUCUUUAAAGCAAAAUAAGAUCAGUUUUUGUAUGUUCUCACUACCUGUUAUUUGUAGUUGGAAGUCAGUGCAGCUCCAUUUGUUGGUCAAAUUUGGUGGUGUCCACUUUAAAAUAAUGGGUUGGAUCUAAUAUUUCUGUGAACUGAGUGAGUUUCCGGAUUCAGUUUUUACUGGCAUCUUCUUGUCUCGGCAACCUUACUUAUGUCAUAUAGUGUCACUGCUAGGAACUGGAGGGCUGCCCUGAGUGGGAUAGUAUGCAGUAUGGUGGACUGUAUAAAAAAUGGGGUCGAUGGGAAUCUCCUUCCCUCUCCUUGCAUAUGGGCAGAACUCAGAUCUGUGACAUUUCCUAAACUUGUGAGAAUGGGAGGAAGACCAAGGAGGUUUAUUUCUUGCUCUAGUUUCCAUGCUCCAGCUUUUCAGAGGGCUUCUGGAAGGUCAGGAACCUGAUAAAAAUCAUUUCCAUAAAUGUACUUCACUUGUAGAAACAGUGGAGUAGCUGAAAACAUCUUUCUGUGAAACAUUUAGAUUUCCUGCUUUAUUUGCUAUUUUAAGUUUUUCCUGGCUGACUAUGAAAAUCCAGCUUCAUUAAAAGAAAGCUUUUUUGUUAACCAGCAUGUUGAGUUGAUAUCUGAAAAUUACUUUAUACAAAUGAACAUAAUUGUUUCUGCAAAUAAUUGUUCCAGCCUUGUUUCACAGUAUAAGAACUGAUAGUUUCCUAUACAGUGAAACAACCACAGAAGUUCUAAAGGUUGAACUGUGGGGAAUACUGCACAUCUGUUCUAUUUCAAAUAAAAUGAAAUCUCUGGCAUUCUGUAAUUCAGCUUGUUAUCUUUUAGUUUUGGAAUGCCAUAUACUGUAAUCUGUGUUCAUUUAGAGUGCAAAUGAUAAAUAAUUUUCUUUAAGGAGAAACUAUACAGGAGGCUUUUGAAGAUUGACUUCAUGCAUUUUCCUUUUUUGUGUAUUCUUGUUCAGAUAGACAGUGAGUGAGUCAUUAUGUAAUUAUUCAUUAUGUAAUUUUCUGGUGUCACAAAAACAAUGCUUUUGUGUUUGUGAAUUUAUUUCACAUUCUUGAAUUUACAUUUACUUUUAAAUAAAAGCAUAAAAUGCAAAUUGAAUCCAAAUUAAACCCUUUGGCAUAAUUGCAAUAAAAUAUUUCUGGUGGUUUUAUUUUAA